AUGUUUGGGCAACGCACGGCCAGUCCAGACAUCUUGAGGCGUUCCACGGAGCCAGAGGUUAUCUCGUUUCCUCAUACAUCGCAGUACGCGGCUGGGUCUCCCAGCAGCUGUGGACUCGCUGCCUUCAACGCCGCACGGCUACUCACGUCUUCCUCGCCACAAUGUACAUCGUCUGAAAUUGUCAACAGGUUGAGGUCCGAGGACCUCAUGGUCGGAGUCAUGUCCAUCUGUUCGUUCUGGGACAGCAACGAGCAUUUGGAGGUGGACGACAUCCAGAAACUUCCGCUCUUCUCCUGCCACCUCCGCACAGUCCGCAAUAUAGACAGCACCAAGUGCGACAGGGAGGGCUUUGAUCGGCUCGUCGGUUCCCUUUCAGCCGGUGAGACUGCCAUCGUGACCAAGAGUCCAGAAAUCGUCGCUCUGCUUCAUAUCGCCACUCUGGAUCGUCCUGGUGACGGUAUAUUUGUCGUCUUCGACUCACAUCCGCGCCCGGAGCAUCCUUUAGGAGCUGCGUUUACUGUGUGCAAAAGUUCAGUGCAGGCGGCCACAUAUCUCCAUCGCCUCUUUCGAGUCGACGAAAGCAUUCUCGACAACGAGGACAAUCAAUGGCAGACGCUCUUUUUAUCGCGGUUUGAUGCGCAUAUUCUACGUGGCAAAGAUAGCACAGACGUAGAUCAAGUCAGGGCAAUGUAUACGGCCAACAUUCGACUCCUCAGGGCAAAGGAGCAACUCAAAGAGGCAGCGGUUCGCGAUAUGGAGAUUCAAGGCAAGCUGAGUCAUGUCAAGAAGGCGCUCGAAGAACAACGAAGGGCUCGACGUGAAGCCUCGGCCGCAGAGGCGGAUACGGAGCGACGCUUGCAAGCACUCAGAGUCGAAUUAGAGUCUGCACGAGAACUAGCGCAGUCAAUUCGCUCCACUUCGGAUGCUCUACACUCUGGGGAAAUUCAUCGACAGGAUGCACGACAACACUUUACAGCGCACGUCACCGAACCCAAAGUUCGAAAGAGAUCGCUUCCUGCAAAACCGAACCCCGGUCAACCUUCUUUCCCAAUUGUCGACGACGAGGCCGCUACGUAUGAGCGUGUUCGGCUAGCCAGAAUUGCAGAAAGCGCCAAAUCGAGAACACCGGCUCGACCAGCGUCUGGGGUUGAGAGUCCACAAUCGAUACGGUCCCAGACGCGAGGAAACGCCCAGGACGACCUUGCUACCGCCCUUCAGCUUCAGGCUCAGGAGAGGGAUGACUUUGAGCAUGCUCGUCGACUUCAGCUCGAAGAAGAACGCAUUCGGGCUCAGUACGAGCAGUUACGUGCUGCAUACGAAAUUUUCCAUUGCGAAAUCUGUCAAGAAGAUUGUUCGAUCGACCAUGUCUCCAGAGGCAGCUGUGCGCAUCCAAUCUGUCGUCAAGACAUGCGCAACUAUAUCAACUCGGAGGUUGAGCGAGCGGUUUGGCCCAUCUUGUGCCCUCUUUGCAAGAUGAAUCCACCGGAAUCUGGAGAUCUUGGGACUAUCGACCGCCGUACAGCAGAGCUCGUCGGGCUUGACGAGGGGAUGCUGGAGAAAUGGACAAAACUCGAGCUUUCACGUUGUUCGGAACGAAUCGAGUGCCCAAAAUGCCAAAAGGCUGCCUAUGUGGACAAGAAGGACUAUGAGGAGAUGGAGAUGCUUUGGUGCCAACACGACGAUUGCGACGCGUACUGGUGUAAAAAGUGUAACAACCUGGCCGAAAGAGGGGUCAGACAUACCUGUGACGGUGAAGCGGAAUAUGAACGAUGGAAGGCGAGCGCAGGGGAUGUGAGAGCCUGUCCAGGCUGCAGGACAGAAAUUCAGAGAAAUGAGGGCUGUCGUCACAUGACCUGUGUGACUCCUGGAUGCAAUACGCACUUUUGCGACCGGUGUGGUCAAGAGAUUUGUCGCAGCGUAAAUAAGAAGGAGAUUGGCGAGGCUGUUCAGAGGCAUUACUCGGGUCGCUGCAAACUAAUCGACUUUGAGAGCUCUGAGGAUGAAGACUAG